AUGAAGGACGAAGACCACGACUCGACGGGAGUUCAGCAUCGACAAGAUUCGCUCAACAGUAUUCAGUACGCGGGAACGGAUUCGAGCAAAGAGCAAAAUGUCAAAUGUCAUCCGUUUAUUCGUCAAGCCGAGGGCCAUUCCCGCGAAGCCCUUUCGGUGAAGCAAGCAGGUCCUCACUGGAAAAUCGUGUCCUCCGUCUUGAAGAUAACUUUGUUCAAGUUUCUAAGGAUAUAUCCGGAAUCUACCAGAAAAUCGGUGAAGUCGAGGGUUGCAAUAGGCUUAGGUGGCAAUGGCUUGCUGCUUCUUUACCUGCUCAAGAAGCAUUUCGAUGAACCAAAGAACGAGCCCCCAAGUAAGACUGAGAUGCAGGCCUCAGUUCAGGAGAUUCGCAACAUCCUGGAAAGGACGGUGCAGAACGCUCAAAUGUCGACUAGCAGCAGCAGCUCAAUCGCGAACGGAUGGUUCAUUCUUCAUUUCGAAGACUUGGAAAAGAAGCUAGAAAAGGAUAUUCUCUACCUGAACAAUACUAAGCAAUCAAUCUCAGAUGCGGCGCGUCAAUUAGAACGCACGAUCUUCGAGCGGUUUGGUCGGCUGGGUGACCUGGAUAACGGAGAUGGCUUUCGCAUCGAAAGCCUUUCUCUUCUGGGCCCGGACUUAACCGAUCUCCAGGUUACGUUUUCUCAGUUGGUUACGACGAGAACACCAAGACGACCUGAACCACCAACAAUCAACUAUCACGAUAGUACCAACACUAGCGACAGCGAUACGACACUCAGUGAAUCCGAAGGCUCUAACGAGGCGAGAUCAGCACCACAGGUACUUGUUCUUUAUUUCUUCACAGUGAUCACUGCUAAUGAUAUAUCAGCUCUUGCAGCAUUCCUGCGUACCCACACCGGCCACUUUAUCGUUGGCGGGUUCACCUUAUUUGCCACCGGUGCAAUCGUUUGGGAUAACCGUCAGGGCCGUGAGCAUGCUGUCAACCAUCUUGAUUCGAAGAUCGAUGGACUCAAGAAGGAGCUCAAGGAAGAUAUCAGCCAUCUCAAGGAAGAUAUCAGCCGCGUCGACCACAAAGUGGAUCUCACACGAAACAAUGUCGUGUUGUUUGGACAGACCAUUUUGAACGCUCAAGAUGGUGAUAAACAGCAAUUACUCGGUGUUCUGCUCAAGAUCGAGGAGUCCUGCAACAGGAGGUUGUUAGUGAAGCGGUGA